GUCGAUGUUUAUUUGCUGGCGAUCUCGUGGCAUCGAAAGGAUACCGAGAUCGUGCCAAGAUACAAGCUUGGUUACAGAACGUAACCGAAUUCGCGCGAAGUUACAAUCAAAAGUGUAAGUAAAAGAAUGGAAGCACAAAAUAGCUGUCAUUGGCACAGUCAAACAAAAGCACGUUAAAACAAGCACUGGUACAGUUGGUUAUAAUAAUAAUAAUAAUUGUUUUUAUUAAACCAGUCGUGUUCUCGUGAUAAAUGUGAGUCACUACACACUCAUCAACCUGUAUGCACAUAAACAAUAUUGAAGCUGUGGUCGAGGCUGAAAGAGUUUUUAAAACUUCAUGACUCCAGAGGCCGGCUAUUCUGUUGCCGUAUGGAUGAUUCCCUCUACUGCAUGCAUUACGAUUUUAGAACUUCCGAACCUUUUUUUAACCUUGACAAGUUUUCGAACCAUGUAUAAGAAGUGUAUCCACUUUAUUUCCUUGGUUUUGUAUAACAUAUUUUUACUCUAUACUGACUGUCUGGUGAUUGGCUAAUAUUUCUCAAGGUCGCUUAAGUUCCCUUCAAAGGUCGUCCAUAAAUUAGAGUCUCGCCAUUCCGGGAGAACAUUCCGGGAAUCAACCUUUCAAAAGUCAUUUCAACUGUUUGUCCUAAUCUUCUUACACUUUGAGAUUACCAUUCCAACUGAUCAAUCGGAAUUAUUAUGUGGCGAACCAUCCAUGUUUGGUGGUCUUGUGUUCUUGGUCCAUCUCUCUAUAGUGUUCCACUAAUUGCAACAUUUCAAUCGAUGGAAUAUAACCCCAAUUUUUUGGAAUCGGCAUCUAACUGUGCUAUAAAAAUGCUUCAAAUAACGGCAGGAGUGAUUAAAUGGACUGCUCUUUUUUGGAGUCCCUGGGCAUUUAGAAAUCUGAAAUUAUAUGAUAAUUUUUUCGAAUUCUCUAGAUUAGUUGCUGUUACACUUACUAUAUAUUUUUCGGCCCUUUUACUUAGAGGAACUGGAAGGUUUUGUAAUCAUACUUAUCAGGAGUUUAUGGCUUUAUUUUUGGAAUCUAAGGAGACGAUCAAUGAGGAGACGGUGAAUAAACUAAUGCUCUACACUUUUAGUUCUCCGUGGCCUGUUCAUUUUGAUGUCCGGCAGUUACCUAGUAUCUCCGUAAAACCAAAAAAGAUCACUCCUAAACGCAUAUCAGAUGUAUCCACAUUAUUUAUGCCAUUGGUUUGGAUUAUAGCUCACACUAUUGGUAUCCGUAUGACAUAUGUCGGAUGUACAUGGAUUUUAAAUUCUCUUACAUUUAAAGCUCGAUUAGAUGCUCGAAGUAGAUUACAAAUGAAGUAUAAUAUUCAACGAGUCGGACUAUCAACUAGAGAAGGGGAAUUCGUUGAAGCAUUUUAUGCUGAUCGUCGAAUCAAGUCAAGUUCAAAAUCUAUUUCACCUGAACAAGAUGAUUUGAAUGGAGAGAUUUUAGUACUCUGUUGUGAAGGUAAUGGUGGAUAUCCUGAGAUUGGAACUCCUUGGGUUCCACUUGAACGAGGUUAUUCAGUUUUAGGAUGGAAUCAUCCUGGUUUCGGAGAAAGCACGGGGUUACCAUUCCCGGAAAAGGAACAGAAUGCUGUUGAAGCAUGCUUUUUAUUUGCUGUACAUCGAUUACAUUUUCAACCUAGUCAAAUAUUCGUACUUGGGUGGUCGAUUGGUGGUUAUACAGCAUCUUGGAUAGCAAUGAACUAUCCUGAUAUAGCUGGUUUGGUUUUGGACGCUACUUUCGAUAAUAUAGAUGAACUGUCAAGACGAGUCGCACCAUCUAUAUUUGACCCGGUUUUGGAAUCUGUCGUUAAAAUGUAUCUGGAUUUAAACAAUUUAUCCCAUGUGAUUAAUUACGAUGGUCCAGUGCUUAUUAUUCGCCGCAGUGAUGAUGAAGUUAUCAGCACUGGGGACGAUCAUUCACGUGCAACUAACAGAAGCAAUCACUUACUGAUUGGUUUAUUGAAGCAUCGAUUUCCGUAUCUGAUGACCGUAGAAAAUGAAUCCAUCCUCAAUGCAUAUUUAUCACUUAGCGCUGAAGAACAAAGAAAUACAUUUAAUGAACUUGAUUAUAAUCCAGAGGAAUAUGGGAAACUAGUCGUAAAUUUUUUAAGGGCUGAAGCACUUGAAAAACAAAUCGAAUCAAUGCCUUUAUACCCGUCAAAACUUGGUAAAGAGAUUAGUGAAUCUGAUGUUCAGAGAAAUAUGCUUUUUUAUAUAGUAUCCAAAUAUUUUAUUGAAUCUCCUGGUUCACAUUGUACUCCUUUGGCAGGUAAAUAUCUACAACCACCAUGGUCACCGCUAACUCAUUCGUUCAUUGAAUCUUCAGAAACUGAUCUAGACUGUAAGAUUGUUGACUAGUAAUACGCAUCCAGUACAUGCUUUCUCAAUAAGUGAUAUUUAAUAAUAUAACAUUUUUCUGAUUAUAUAUAUACAUAUAUAUGUUACCGUCACAUUUUGUUUUGUUUUGUUCCCUAAAUUUAGUUCACUUUUUCUUCCUGUAAUAACACACAGUUGUAUUCAGAAUUAUUCUUUGUUAAUUUGUUUUGUUGCUUGUUUACUUUUAAGUAUUUUUUUCUGUGUAUAUCAUAAGGUUAUAUGCUAUUUUUAAAAUUAUUACUAACUGUAAAGGCAGAGAGAUAAAACAUGAUAUGUAAUAUAUGCAUUAAUGUUUCUUUCGUGGUGAAUGU